UCCUUUACCUCACCCCACCAAAUUGUAGGGGAGCUGCUACCCCUCUGCCCCUCCAUCCAUCCAGUAUUAUUAGUCCGGCUUCCCUUCUGCGUGUUUUUUCUUACGGACAUCCUAGGAAAAAAAAAUAAAAACAUCAGCCUUGAAAUACCGCAAACCUACUUUGUGAUUAUUCCUCUAAUUCCUCAAAAUUAUCCUCCAAAUCCAAGUGUCAAUUGAAACCAUCUAGCCGUCAAAAUGUCUCUUUCUAACAAGUUGUCCAUCACGGACGUUGACCUGAAGGGCAAGAGAGUGCUCAUCAGAGUUGACUUCAACGUCCCUCUCGAUGCUGAUAAGAAAGUCACCAACAACCAACGUAUCGCUGGUGCCAUUCCCACAAUCAAAUAUGCUAUCGACAACGGUGCGAAGGCUGUCAUAUUGAUGUCCCACCUUGGCCGUCCCGAUGGAAAGGUCAACCCCAAAUACAGUCUAAAGCCCGUUGUCCCUGAGCUUGAGAAGCUUCUUGGCAAGAGCGUGGAGUUUGCACCAGACUCCGUCGGACCCGAGGUUGAGGCUAUUGUAAACAAAGCGGAUAACGGCCAAGUUGUUCUUCUAGAGAACUUGCGUUUCCACGCCGAGGAAGAGGGUUCUUCUAAGGAUGCGGAGGGCAAGAAGGUUAAGGCGGAUAAGGCUAAGGUUGAUGAGUUCCGCAAGGGUCUGACAGCUCUUGGUGAUGUCUACAUCAACGAUGCUUUCGGAACCGCCCACCGAGCCCACUCUUCCAUGGUCGGUGUCGACCUACCCCAGAAGGCCGCCGGCUUCCUCAUGAAGAAGGAACUCGACUACUUCGCCCAAGCCCUCGAGUCUCCCAAGCGCCCCUUCCUCGCCAUUCUCGGCGGUGCCAAGGUCUCCGACAAGAUCCAGCUAAUCGACAACCUCCUCGACAAAGUCAACAGCAUCGUAAUCUGCGGUGGCAUGGCCUUCACAUUCAAGAAGACCCUCGAAGGCGUCAGCAUCGGAAACUCCCUCUUCGACGAAGCCGGAUCCAAGAACGUAGCCACACUUAUCGAAAAAGCCAAAAAGAACAACGUCAAGGUCGUCCUGCCCGUCGACUACGUGACGGCGGACAAAUUCGACAAAGACGCUACCACGAGCACUGCUACGGAUAAAGACGGUAUUCCCGACGGAUGGAUGGGUCUAGACUGCGGCCCCGAAUCUAUCAAGCUAUACAAGGAAGCCAUCGACUCCGCUCAGACCAUCCUAUGGAACGGUCCCCCCGGCGUCUUCGAGUUCGAGAAGUUCGCCAACGGUACCAAAGCCACACUCGAUGCCUUCACGGCUGCCGUUGCCGCUGGAAAGAUUGGUAUUAUCGGUGGUGGUGACACCGCUACCGUUGCUGCCAAGUACGGUGCUGAGGACAAGUGCUCGCACGUCUCGACUGGUGGUGGUGCUUCCCUUGAAUUGCUAGAGGGCAAGGCGCUACCUGGUGUCGUGGCUCUUAGCACUAAAUGAGGGUUAGGUUUAUCGAUGCGUCUUUAAAUUAGACUGGCAUCGGAUAACGGCAAAUAUGGCCUAGAAAUGGGGUUUCGGUCGGUCAGUUGAUCGAUUUUCAAAGGGUAGCUUACCUACCUGAAUCCACAUGGGAUGCCGGGUGCUGGUCUGGUUACAUAGACCGGCCGGAUGGUAUCUUUAACAUCAUCAUUGUUGCGGUUUUGGUGUGCUUAUUGAUACAUACAAACAAAUAAUGUUACGUUAGGAAGUAUGCGUUGAGUUCAUUACGUAUGACGUAGCUAAAACAGAAUAGAGGAAUACCAAAUACAAGUAUUAGAUCAUAAUUUAUGCCUG